AUGGAUCCAAACUGUUCCUGCGGCACUGGUGGCUCCUGCACCUGCGCUGGUUCUUGCAAGUGCAAAGAGUGCAAAUGCACCUCCUGCAAAAAGAGCUGCUGCUUCUGCUGCCCCGUGGGCUGUGCCAAGUGUGCCCAGGGCUGCAUCUGCAAAGGGGCAUCGGACAAGUGCAGCUGCUGCGCCUGA